AUGUUGACAAGGGAAAAGGCAAUACAAUUCCUUCAAAAUUCUUGGAAAAUGAAUGAUGUUGAAUUGCAACUAACGACUGACCGAGAAAGUUUUUUAAACAAGGUCAUACAAACUUUUUAUGAAAGAGUUCCAUUCCAAUUAUUGAGUGCGAUGAAGCUUACAUCGUUACCUCCAAAUGAGCGGGAGAUACCAAGUUUUGAUGAAAUUGAUAAAAUAUGUAUGUCUGGGGUGGGUGGAGGCUGUGGUGUGCAAAGUACGUUCACGUGGCGUCUGUUGAAAGCUCUUGGAUACUCUGCCCAUCUUUGCGGAACUAUUGUAACAAGUACAGGCAUCAACGUCCACCUUACUGUCAUCGUUAAAGAUCUUGUUAACACUGGUGACAUCCAUCUUGUUGACUGUGGAUUAGGGCAGCCUUCGUUUCAAACAAUUUCAUUAAAUUUCAACGAGGAAUCGCCAGUUUACCAGGAGUCAUAUCUUGAAUAUAAAUACAUCAAGCGUGAUGGUAAGAUUCUUCGCAUGCAUGGUGACGGAGACCUGGUCAAGCAUAAUGAUCCACCAAUAGAAGGCCUUGACCUCAUUCUAGGAAAAUGGAGGCGUUUCUAUGAAUUCUCGCUUCAAGAGGAUUUUGAACAGAAAACCUUAAAAAGAUUUUGGAAUUUUUUUUAUGCGCCCAAGUUCUACCAUCAUGUAUCACCUCGAGCAUCAAGAUUUCCUGGAGGAAAAGCUGUUAUGAUUGCAGGAAAGAUUUUGUUCCUCGAGCAAGAAGAUAAGACAUUUAAGAAAAUUAACUUGGAGUCAGAGGAGGAAAUAUUAAAAGCGUAUCAAGAUUAUUUUCCUUCUCUUGAUGAAAAUCUUGUUCACUAUGCUUAUUCAUACUGGCAAAAGAACCGUCUUUAAUAUAUAUAUGUGUGUGUGUGUAUAUAUAUAUAUAUAUAUAUAUAUAUAUAUAUAUAUAUAUAUAUAUAUAUAUAUAUAUAUAUAUAUAUAUAUAUAUAUAUAUAUAUAUACGCUAUAUCAUCUCCGUCUCUUGCUUAAAUACUCUAACAAGUGUUUUUGUGUUUUGGUUCACAAAGUGCUCGAUAUCAUAUAGAUAGAGCACAUGAUGUAAAUUUCUACCUCAAAACGUUGCUGUGGUUUAGUUUGAAAAUAAUUAGAUUAAUGCUGUUUCCCUUGUUCACAUGUUGCAUAAAAAUUAUGGGAAAUAAAAAAUAUGUUUGAUGAAGAGUAUACAUAACUAAAUAUUAACCAUUAAUGCAUAGACUCGCCCCUAAAUAACACCAUCCCCUGAAAACAUUUUUUGUGAAUUGACGCCCAACUUGGCGGCAAAGUGUUUUCAUAGUCUGCAAAACAUGAGUUGGAUAGGAAGGAAAAGAACUAAAAUGUUUGAAUGACACUGAUUAAAAAAAUUAGGGAAUAACAUACAUUAACCCAAAAGUGAAUGAAAAAAAUAAUGUCCAGAAAAACCCUUCCCUCCCCAUUAAUUAGCGACUGAAAUGUUGUUGGCGAAUACGAUACUACACUCCCUACGGCUUCAGCCCUUGACAAGUAAAAGCGUCUGGCAAUUAACAUGUGCGCCCUACUUAUUGCUCAUUAAGAGGAGAGUUGUGUCGUAUUUUAGGCGAUUUUACCUGCGAUUUUACUCGUCAAUUAGGCCUUAUAGGGGAGAGUCUCGCGCAUUUAUUGAAUAUUCAAAAUUUCGUCAAAUGAAGUCGUAAUAUUACACUAUUAUUAUUACUAAAAGUAGCACAAAUAUUAAGUAUAAACUCAAAAUAAAUAAGAAUUCUUCUCUUUAUUUGAUUAAGGGAAAAAAUACAAAAGUAUUAUAUGGUACCUUCGAAAAAUUCUUUUGAAAUGUUUCAAUAUUGCGCAAUUGUUACGCAAUAUAUAACGAUCCCAAAUGCGCAAAUUAUGCAGUCUGCAGGAAGGCACAGCUGAGAUUGUUCUGUUCAUGGACAAAGAACAGAGAUACUGUGCAAAUAAAAUUGAGUUAUUGAAUAAUUAAUCAUUGAAAGUAUGUUGAACGGGCUGAGAUUCCAUCCAUUGCGGUUCUCGGGAUGUAUGUCUGCUAUCACCAGGAGAUGUGUUCAGAAAUUUGUUCCAUGCACGUUCAAUGCAACAUUGAUGCCCAAGCAAGGAACUUGUAAUGUAUUAUCUCGCAGGCUCUUCAGAGUUCAGACAGAAGCUCGCAACUCGUCUAAAUUUUCCACUGGUUCAGGUAUAAAACUUGUUAACGAGCGCCCUUAGCAAUGGGCCGAUACUGUUAAUAAAUAUUGGUUAUUAUUGAUACUGGAAGAACUAUCGAUGCUUUUAAUAAUACUUUCAAAAAGUAUUGAAAAUUAUUAUGUGUAUAUGGUAGCACUCUCCCCUUGACGAGUAAAAUCAUCUGUUGUUAGGCAAAGUAAAAUAAUAAAGUACGGCACAUCAGGUUGCAUUAAUUGCCACUUAAAGUGCCCCUGUCACAAAAUGAGAGUUUACAUUAAUAGAAUCGUCUUGAAACGUAGAUUAUGAAAAUACAAAACAGAUUUAAAAUUGAGCUUGUUUUCACAGAGUAAUAAGGCAAUGAAAUUUGAAAAUUUCAAAUUUUAACGGCAAAAGUUUUUGAAAACCGCGAAGCUGGGAAAUUGGUAACUAAACGUCAUAGUAGGAAGACAUUGCCUACUCGCCUAAGCCAAAAGUAUAUAAAUACUAAGUGAGAAUCACAAUCAAGCUGGUCAAAAUUCGAUACAAAUGUCUUCGUCGAGUUCAGAUACGGAAAAUAACAGUUACCAAAGCGAUGACUGACUGAAAUUAUAUUCCUGAGCCGUAUCAAAUCGAGUGAAAUUGAUGAAAACACCAGUGAAGCGUAGUCAAGCAGCGCCAAUCAUUCGUGCGCACGACGUUGGUCCAUAUGUUAAUGAACCAGUGCCCGACGAAGAUUGGCUCAAAAGUCACCGUGAAAAAAGCAAUCACGACGAACGUCUUAAGCAACUACAACAAAGGCUUGAUAGUUCAGAAGAAUUGAGUAAAUGGUAAAUAUUUUGUUGCGUGACUUGACCUUGCGUUUCGUGACUUGCCAGUGUUUCUACAUACACAGUAUUCAAAUUACAAAAUAUAAUAUUUCAGGUGUAAACGUGGCAAUUGUCGCAUUGAACUGCUUCGUAAAUUAUGCUAAAGAGUGUCAAUGUUGUAUGGAAAUUGAGGAGUGCGUCGAUUCUCUACACAGUAACAUUGUGAUUUGUGAUGCAAGAUGAAGUCGCGCCAUCAUGUAUAAUUCAACAGUUUAUCACUAGAUAAGCGCGGAGCCCUCCGUUCAGCAGCCACGAAAUAAAUUACGAACAAGAAAGAAGCAGGAAUACCGUCAAACAAACACAGAAGAUGGGAAAAUAAAGUUUUAUUUAUCAACAUAUUGAAAUUAUGAAACACUUUACCGUACCCGAGUUUACUAUCAGUGAACACACGCAUGCCGGCAUGCGGUACGGUAACUGAGAGUUUAUAUACGGUACAUGCUGUACAAUUAUUGAAUUAUUAUAUAUUUACAUGUGUCCACAUGCAAUUAAGCGACUUAUUAAAAAGACUUAUUUAUUAAUUUAUAGAUUCUGAAGGAGCACAGCAUAUAGAAACUUUGUGUAGAUGGUUUAUGGACAACUAGGAAAUAGACAUUUUUGCGCAUAUGAGAAAAUAAUGCCUGCAGGCUGCAUGCUAUUGAUGAAGACUUUGUAGGAUUUGUAGAGGACAGCUCUUGAUAUUAUAGAAUUAUUUUUCAAUAAAUAAACCUAUUACACUGUAUAAGCGUAGUAAUAUUAUACUGUAUUGCGUAUAGAAACAGCACAUUUGCUAUAUUCAUGACUUAUUACAAUAUUAUUUUGCCAAAGAGGCUGAAAUUUAAGAUUAAGAUUUGUAUCUGAUGUUUUCCUGCACUUCGUGCGCGCGGGUUAAUUUGCGCGUUCAAGUAUUUUUCUGACUUGUAUUUCGUUCCAGGUAUGUUCCUAGCAAAUGUGGCAAUGACUAAGUUAUUUCAUUAAGUUGCUUCAAUGGAUUAAACUUUGUAAUACAUUUUAUACACAUCCCCACAGUGUAUCAGGUUUCAUGCCACAAUUUGUUACAAAAUCUGCAUAAUGUACGGGUUUUCCCUGCGGUCAAAUACAACGAUUUUCACUUGUACAAUUCUACUUUACCUGUCUAAUUUAAAAUACAAACAGUGCACAUUGCUUGUAGACGUAAGAAAUUGGACGUAAGAAAUAUAUUUAAUAUUUUGACCAUAUUCACUCAUAUAUUGUCGCGAUAUUUUAUAUAUUUUCUGGUAAAACCAUUGACUGUGGCUCAUUUAUAUAUUUAUCGCGCUUUCGAGUUUCGUGACUAUGGCCAUAUCGACUGACUGCAUUGAAGCAGCUUUCUUUUACAAUUUGCAGCUUCUUUUUACAAUAACGAAUUUGGAAUAAAAAUUGCACCUUGGAUCUCAUAUUGCUCGUUUAAGGUGCACGAAGUCAACCCGUCUCCUUUUCGCUUCGUACAUCUCGUCUCCAGUAAAAGGUAUAAAAUGAAGUGAAAUGCCUUACUCUGUAUCUGUGACAUUAGAACAACCGCCUACUACACAUAUAUUCGGCAAUUUUUCAUUUUCGUGACUGUUAUUUGCGCAAUUGCCUCCUCUAUGAUAGUACAUGCAAUAGUAUUUCUACAUCAGUGAGCUAGAUAAGUUCCUACUAUUACGUCCCAGUCUCUUUUGCGCGGUUUUCAGAUUUUUCACAAGGUCAAAUUCAAUGUUUAAACGGCAAUAACUUUUACACUAAAAGAGCAGUUUCGAUUCUGUUUUCGAAUUUCCGUAUAUUUUGUAUCAUAGAUUUCGAAAAUAUAAACUCUCAUUUUGUGACAGGGACACUUUAAAGAGUUAAUUUCGAUACCACUUGAACCGGCAAUAUUGUAAUAGCUGAUUAUAAUUUUACUCUGUGUAAUUUUAGAUUGCCUAAUUUAUACUUCUCGAUCAAAUAUUACACCCGUUCCGCACGUUAUCAACAAUAUAGUAUUGUAAUUGUUAAGCUUAACAACACAAUAAGUUAUUGGGUUGUUACUGGAAAGAAAACCGCAAGCAUUGCUCAAAAGUUUUAGUUAUAAGUGUAACUGUCUUGGGAUGGAGGUGGAGGGGUGGCGGGUGGGUAAAUCCCGGCAGCUUUAUCCCUGGGUUAGGGUUAGGGGUUAGUGGUUAGGGGGGUGGGGGUUAGGGUUAGGGUGGGGGUUAGGGUUAUAUAACAACCCAAUACUUAUUGGGUUGUUAAGCUUAACAAUUACAAUACUAUAUUGUUGAUAACGCAAGGAGCGCCUGGAUAUUAUGUGAUUAAUUAAUGAAUUUACAAAAUAAUGCAGCUCUUGUUGUAAUAUUAUAAUCCAUGUCCUCAGUUUCAGCUGACAAUAUAUUGACAAAGGAAGGGGCAAUACAAUUUCUUCAAAAUUCUUGGAAAAUGAAUGAUGUUGAAUUGCGACUAAAGACUGACCGAGAAAGUUUUUUAAACAAGCUCAUACAAACUUUUUAUGAAAGAGUUCCAUUCCAAUUAUUGCACUUUUUCAUACUUACAUCGUUACCUCCAAACGAGCAGGAGAUGGCAAAUUUGGAACACAUUGAUAAAGUAUGUAUGUCUGGGGUGGGUGGAAGCUGUGGUGUGCUAAAUGUGUUUGCCUACCGUCUGUUGGAAGCUCUCGAAUACUCUACUUAUCUAUGUGGAACUAGUGUAACAAGUACAAGCAUCAACGUCCACCUUAUUAUCAUCGUUAAAGGUCUCGUUAACACUGGUGACAUCCACCUUGUUGACUGCGGGUUAGGCCAGCCAUCGUUUAGAGCAAUAUCAUUAAAUUUCAACGAGGAGUCGCCAGUUUACCAGGAGUCAUAUCUUGAAUAUAAAUACAUCAAGCGUGAUGGUAAGAUUGUUCGCAUGCAUGGUGAGGGUGACCUGGUCAAGCGUAACGAUCCACCAAUAGAAGGCCUUGACCUCAUUCUAGGAAAAUGGAGGCGUUUCUAUGAAUUCUCGCUUGAGGAUUUUGAACAGAAAACCUUAAAAACACUUUGGAAAUAUUUUGAUGGGCGCUCCGCUCCAAAAAAUAUGAUACCUCGAAUAUCAAGGUUUCCGGGUGGUAAGGCUCAUAUGAUGAUGGGAAAUAAUUUGUUUCUCGAGCAAGAAGAUCGGAAGCUGAAGAAAAUAAAAUUGCAGUCAAAUGAUGAAAUAUUGAAAGCAUAUCGGCAUUAUUUUCCUUCUAUCGAUGAAAAUCUUGUUCACCAUGCUUAUUCAAUAUGGCAAGAGAACGAUCUUUAA